UUGCUGAAUUCCAGGCUGAGCCUUCGUCUUCCUUGAGACGAAAUACAACUCAAAAAGCAUACAUAAUUCAAGGGGAAACAAAAAAAAAACCAUGUCUUGCUCUUCAUGUUUCAAAUGCAACCCUUGGUCUCACCUUCCUCCUCUCCUUUUCUUCCAAAAAUCCACUCUUUUCUCCUCUAUUUCCUUCUCAUCCACUAAACAAAACCAAACCCAAUUCCCUCUCUCCCACGACUUCACCCCCACUCAGCUCCUCCACACCAUCCGCCGUCAAAACGACGACGACUCGGCUCUUCGCCUGUUCGAUUGGGCCUCAAAGCAGCCCAACUUUACCCCAACCUUAUCCAUAUACGAGGAACUCCUCACCAAGCUCGGCAAAAAAGGCUCCUUCGAUUCCAUCAAGCUCGUUUUACAACAAGCAAAGCAGUCUGGGUGUGAACUUCGUCGUGGUACUUUCUUAAUUCUCAUCCAAAGUUAUUCUGAGUUUGGUUUGUACGAUGAUGUUCUUGAAGUUGUUGAGAUUAUGGAGGGUGAGUUCGGCUUAAAACCCGACACCCAUUUUUAUAAUUUCCUUUUGAAUAUUCUGGUUGAUGGGAACAAGUUGAAGUUAGUAGAAACUGCUCAUAAUGAAAUGAUUAGUAGGGGGACUAAGCCUGAUGUUUCCACUUUUAACAUUUUGAUUAAGGCUUUGUGUAAUGCGCAUCAAAUUAGGCCUGCUAUUUUGAUGAUGGAAGAGAUGUCUGAUUAUGGUUUAGCCCCUGAUGAGAAAACGUUUACCACGAUUAUUCAAGGGUUUAUUGAUGACGGUAACAUGGAUGGUGCAUUGAGGGUUAGAGAACAAAUGGUGGUUGCUGGUUGUCCGGUUACUAAUGUGACCGUGAAUCUCUUGGUACAUGGGUUUUGUAAGGAAGGUAGGGUGGAGGAAGCCUUGGAUUUUAUACAAGAGAUGACGGCGAAUGACGGGUUUUACCCGGAUCAGUUCACGUUCAAUACGUUGGUGAAUGGUUUAUGUAAGGCAGGUUAUGUUAAACAUGCUUUGGAGAUCAUGGAUGUGAUGCUUCGUGAAGGGUUUGAUCCAGAUGUAUUUACUUACAACUCUUUGAUUUCGGGAUUGUGUAAAAUUGGUGAGAUCAAGGAGGCAGUUGAGAUUUUAGACCAAAUGGUUUCGAGGGAUUGUUCGCCUAACACUGUUACAUAUAAUACUUUAAUUAGCACCUUGUGUAAGGAGAACCAAAUUGAAGAGGCCACCGAGCUUGCUCGUGUAUUUACGAGUAAGGGGAUUUUACCUGAUGUUUGCACGUUUAAUUCUUUGAUUCAAGGUCUGUGCUUGACAAGAAAUCAUAGUAUUGCUGUGGAAUUGUUUGAGGAGAUGAAAAAUAAAGGGUGCCAACCUGAUGAAUUUACCUACAACAUGUUGAUUGAUAGCUUUUGUUGCAGAGGGAAUCUAGAAGAAGCUUUACGCCUGCUGAAAGAAAUGGAAUCGAGUGGCUGUGCUCGGAAUGUUAUUACUUACAAUACACUGAUCGAUGGGUUUUGCAAAAACAAGAGGGUCCGAGAAGCAGAGGAAAUCUUUGAUGAGAUGGAAAUUCAAGGGGUUUCAAGAAAUUCCGUGACAUAUAACACCCUCAUUGACGGUCUUUGCAAAAACAAGAGGGUAGAAGAUGCUGCUCAGCUUAUGGACCAAAUGCUAAUGGAAGGCUUGAAGCCUGAUAAAUUCACAUACAAUUCUUUGCUUACAUACUUUUGCAGGUCUGGUGAUAUUAAAAAGGCGGCGGACAUUGUUCAAACCAUGACUUCAAACGGGUGUGAACCGGACAUUGUCACAUACGGAACCCUGAUUGGGGGCCUUUGUAAGGCAGGUAGAGUCGAGGUUGCAAGUAGACUACUUAGAACGAUUCAGAUGAAAGGGAUGGUUUUAACUCCACAUGCUUAUAACCCUGUUAUUCAAGCACUGUUUAGAAGAAAGAGAGGUAAUGAAGCUAUGAGGCUUUACAGAGAGAUGUUGGAGAAGGGUGACUCUCCUGAUGCCGUCACAUACAAGAUAGUAUUUCAUGGCCUUUGCAGUGGUGGAGGACCGGUUGGAGAAGCUGUUGAUUUCGUAGUUGAGAUGAUCGAGAAAGGAUUUAUACCCGAGUUCUCAUCAUUCUAUAUGCUGGCUGAAGGACUUUGUGCAUUAUCUAUGGAGGAUACCUUAAUUAAGCUGGUUAAUAUGGUGAUCGAGAAAGCCAACUGUUCAGACAGUGAGGUUUCCAUGAUAAGAGGUUUUCUUAGAAUCCGUAAAUUUCAAGAUGCGUUAGCUACCCUCGGAAACAUCCUGGACAACAGAAAGCAGAAGAAAUCUUACUGGUCAAGAUGAAGCUAGAUACUGCUCUCUCAGCAAAACAUUGCAAAGAAGAAGCUUCAUCGUUCAUUGUAUGAAGUUGACGUUCAAUGUUCAUUUAGGGUUCGUAAGUUCCUAUCCUGUUGUUAAUGGAACAUGAAAUUAUUCACAAUUUUGAUGGAAGAUGAAAUGCUUGGACUCUGAAUUUAAGAAAAUCAUUCUACCGUUUUUUGUUCUUUU